AUGUCCAAAUUAAUACUAUGGAAGUAAAUCAAAUUUAUUGUAUACCAGAGUUUCCCAUGAGCACCACUAAUUCCAAAUUUCAGGCCAGAAACACUCCCAUCACGGACAGAGGCUUGACAGGGUUACCAAACAUCGGCAACACCUGUUUCCUGAACUCAGUGAUUCAAUGUCUCAGUAAUACUAGACCUCUACUAGAGUAUAUUUUAAGCAAUGAGUAUUUGGGUGAAAUAAGAAAUCCAACCAAAAGUCUUGUGAUAGAAUGUUUUGCGGAGCUGAUUCAGAAUAUUUGGAAUGAUCGCAAAAGUUCAGUGAACCCUGUACAUUUGAAGCAUGCGGUUGAACUGUACGCUCCUCGUUUUAGUGGGUACAGCCAGCAUGACGCUCAGGAGUUCCUUAAAUAUCUGUUAGAAGGUCUUCAUCAAGAGUUGAACAGAGCAAAAUCUGUUCAUGAUUCAGAUAAGGAUAGCAACCACAGCACCACAUCCUUCAGUGCUACCGAAUCUUGGCAAACAUAUCUGAAGACAGACAACAGCAAGGUGGUCAAUAUAUUCGGAGGGCUUCUAAAGUCAGUUUUAAAGUGUACUCAGUGUGGAUUCUCCUCAACUGUUUAUGAACCAUUCUGGGAUCUCUCAUUAUCCAUUCCGAUCGAUAGCAGCCACCGCAUUCAAAAUCUCCACCUCAAUCACUGCUUGAACCUUUUUACCAAAGAAGAAACGCUUGAUGGUCUGGAAAAACCUCUAUGUGAAAAAUGCAAAAUGAAGCAAAUAUGUGUCAAAAGAAUCUCGAUUCAGAAGUUCCCCAGUAUUCUUGUUAUCCACCUGAAACGGUUUUCUGGGAACGGAAUCACUCGCAAAAUAGACCAACACAUAGAUUAUCCCCUGGUUGGACUCGAUCUGGGUGAAUACUCUGCUGACACCCAGUUUCGGAGCAUAAGCUACAACUUGUAUGGGUUGAUCAACCACUACGGGACAUGUCAGUUUGGACACUACACAGCCUGUUGCAAACAUCCCUACUCUGGACGCUGGCAUCGCUUCAAUGAUCGUUCCGUCUCACCUAUCAACACCAACCAAGCAGACAAGGCGGAGGCAUAUAUUCUCUUCUACGAGGCUGUAGUGUAACAUCGCUUGCUUGAAAAUUUGAUUUAAAAUUUACAGAUAGUGUAAUAUCAGAUGGACAAUAUUUGAUAUUUAUCUUAGUAAGUGUCCUACAAAAUAUUUAAGCAAAGUAGACAAAAGUAUUUACUUUUCACCAAACUAUAAAAUUAUAUUGACAAAAUGUCUGGCAUACAGUAGCCUACCAAUAUAUUGUUUC